GGCUCAAACUAACUCAGCAUUUCACUUACUAGUUAAACAUAUUUGUCUUUAUUUGUCGUAUCGCUACACUCGGUGCAUUAAAUAGAUCGCAUGUAGACCCAUUGUUUACGUCCGUUGAAACAACUACAAUCUCUUUUUCUGAAGUGGAAAGUUUUUAUUAGUACACCUGCUAAAUCCUCUGCUAGCAGACCUCUACGUGUCAGUGUUGUUUUGCCCAGAUGAUAAGUUACAUAUUUGGCUACUGUGAAUAAAAAUGGGUGGAUGCUCCGCUCCAAACUGCUCAAACUCGACAUCUAUAGGAAAGCAGCUCUUUCGUUUUCCGAAAGACCCGAUACGCAUGAGAAAGUGGCUUGUAAACUGUCGGCGUGAUUUUGUACCGACCCCCUGCUCGAGACUGUGCCAGGAUCACUUUGAAGAAAGCCAGUUUGAAGAGAUCGCUAGAUCACCAGCAGGGGGAAGGAAACUCAAACCCAAUGCUAUACCAACGCUUUUCAAUGUGCCCGACCCUCCCUCUCCCGUUACCCCUCAAAUGGUGUUACCUGUUAAAAACGAGCCAGUGGAAAAGGACUUGAACAUGGGAGACCAUGGUUAUGCCCGCCGACAGCCCCUUGUGGAUUCAGAGGAGGAUGGAGCUCAGAGGUCAGAGGAGGAGAGACCCUGCUCUCUCUGUCAGCAUUACAAAACCAAACUGGAACAGCAACAGCAACACACAGUCCGACUACAGAGAGAGGCAGAGGAGAUGAAGAAGCGUCUUUACAAGCUGAGCAAAAUUGAGAAAGGACUGCAGGUGUUUCUGUAUGAGGAUCAGAUACGCGCCCUAACAUUAGCCAAGCGUUCUCGAAGGGCGGUGUGGUCACAUGAUACUUUACUGACAGCCCGAAAAAUUCGCUGCGCAGUUGGAGUUAAAGGUUAUGAAUACCUAAGGGAACUAGGCUACCCCCUGCCUUCAUACAGGACGCUGUGUAAUCGCCUAGAGCCUAAAAUGAUGGUGACCACAAGCAUGCAGGAUGAACUAGCAGAGCUUGGUCUAGGCAUCAUAACCGCUUGUGACAGUCCAGAAGGCAACACAACGAGUGAUGAAGGACUCAUUGGAAUUAUGACAUGAGACACUUUCUGUGUAAGAAUUUGCACUAAUGCUUGAACUGACUGUUGAAUACGCCAAAGGCCAUGCUGUAUAGUCAAAAUCACAGAGGACAUUACUGUAAACCGGGUAAUUUAUUUUGGGUUGUUACAUUUUAAAACCGUUUAUAUUAAUUCUGCAAAGUUUGAAGUUGGUUCACUAUUUUCUGAGUUUAAUGUUUUAUUUCGGUCUUGCUAAGUAAUUCUUGAUAUAUAUAUAUAAAGAUUUGUGAUGCAUUUUAGCUGCCGUCAAAAUCCUUUAGUCAAUACUUGGUGUGGAAACAAAGUUAUCAUUCCAAAUAUAAGACUUGCAACGGGAUAAGAGAUAUUAAAGAAACAUGGCUAUGCCUAUAUUGGAGUUUGUUGUUGGCAAAUGGUAAAAGUGGCAUGACAUAUAAAGGCAUGACUACUUUGAAGUCACUAAUUCUAUAUCUGUAUAUGGGUAAUUCUGUAUCUGGUAUUUUGUGUAAGAGUUUAACAGUUUCACAUCUUAUUUAUAGACCCACAUGACAAAAGCAGCUGUCAUUGAGGGUAUAGUUCUGAAUAGUUAAACACUUUUAGGAAACCAGAACUUCUGGCUACAUCUUUUCCUGAAACUAGAAUUUUCACAACUGUCUGAAUUUUUUUUUCUCCAGUUAUUAGAUUAUUAUUUCCAGAGAAAUGUUUUUUUUUUAUGGUUCCUCUUGCUUUCACAGCGGUUUCUUAAAAAUGGUUAAGGUGGUGCUCCCUCUAAAGAUCUAAAUCGUAAUCUUCUUUACUAAGUUUGUACAAAAAAUGUAUUAAUUAGGUUUUUGGAGGAGCAGCUAAAAUUAAAAUAUAGUUUCUAUGAAUUAAAAAAGGAAUAAAAAUACUUUGGAAGCAUUGUCAAUAA